AUGUUUGAGAACAUUCGUGACAAGCUACAACAGUGGUUUUAUGAUCGUCGUGAGGAAUCACAGAGUUGCACAAGUGUGCUAACCCCGGUUGAGAAAGAUAAACUUUUCAAGACUCUAGAGGUGGCAAGGAAGGUAUAUGUAGAACCACUGGAUCAAUUUUGCUUCUCCGUGAGAUGUUCGCUGGCGAUGGCUAUGUAUAGAGGAAUUCCAUCACACACCUUAUGCAGUGCUUAUUACACGACUGGUUCUUGGAGAGCAGCAUAUGCCGAAACUAUAUUUCUUGUACCGAAUGAAGUCGAGUGGGAAGUUCCCGAUCACAUUCUCUCAUUGAAUAACUUGUUGCCAUUAGCAUUCGGCUUACGUACUCAUGGACGUACACGUACGUCUAGAAUACCAUCGACUGGAGAAUUUUUCAUGCCUCGUAAGUGCGGCAGGUGCGGUACAACAGGACAUACCAGAAGAUUUUGUACAAGUCAGAUCCCUCUGCAUGACAACAUAAUAGAUAUAUAA